AUGUUGGAAGUAGGAGGAUACACAACUCAGAAGGAGCUGAAGGUGACAUCCUCACUUGCUGAGGCUGUGUGUGUGCUGGAAAUGCGCUCCUGGAUUGUGGGCAGAAAAGAGCGGAAGAAAGUCGGAUCAUAUCCCAUACUUUUGUCCAGUCGGCUAUUGAUUCGGGAGAUAUCCGGCGAAGCGGCACAGGUUUCUUCCAGCAGCAUUUGA